GUUCUUUGAAUUGGAUAUGAGCGGAUGCAAGGAGUUAACCUUUUCUAUAACAACAACCUGGAAUGGGAACCCAGUGAAACACAGUCCUGUGGUGUUCAGAGUUGGUGCUGCAGAUGAUACCUCAGUCAGGGUUGAUGUGAGUGGACCUUUGUUUAAUGAUCCUGGGCCCCCUCCAGUGGCCUCGGGAGGUGCCUGUCCAGAACUGUGGGAAUAUGAAGUGGCUGAGAUUUUCUUCCUUGGAGAUAAAGAUAAAUAUUUGGAGGUUGAGUUAUGCCCUCAUGGCCAGCAUCUGGUGCUUCUUCUGAAUGGGACAAGAAACAUGAUGAAGGAUAAACUUGCCCUAAAGUAUACAGCUAACACUGAUGAUGUGAAUAAAACCUGGAAAGGAACUGCCAUUAUACCAUUGGAGUACUUCCCUCCUGAUGUGACAAAGAUUAAUGCAUAUGCUAUCCAUGGGUCAGGGGAUGAGAGACAGUAUGAGGCUCUUUAUCCAGCUUCUGAGGAGUUUUACACACCUGACUUCCAUCGCCUUCAGUUUUUCAAGGAGUUUGAUUUCAAGGCAUUGUUUCCUACAUCCUGGAUACAACCAGAAUCCACACACUGGACUAAUAUUUGAAAAUAGCUCUUUAAUUAUUAACAAUUAGGGAAAUAUAUAAAUUUAUCUUCUCUUUUAAAUGUGAAGUAACAUAAGAAAACUUAGUAUAUAAAAUAAUUUUUGAAGAUUGAAAAACCUCGAAUGAUAAUAAUCAACAGUCUAUUUGAUCCAUAAGGAAAACUUUUUUAUCACUGUCCAGUUUUUGUUCAAAUACAAUAAAGCAGUGAGGAAACCAGCAUUUUGUUAUGUUAAACACAGGAAAUACUCACCCAAAUGUUUUUAUUUUUUUUUCUAAUUAAGUUUGAGAUAACCAAACCACACCUGGUAAUUUAAAUUUUAAAAGGGGCGCUUAAAGUCCUUGAGAAGUCUCUGAAUUUUAUGUCUGACAAAGUGUACAAACCCUGUUUUACUUUAAAUUUAAGAAGAAUUUCAAUGUCAAUUUUUCAUAAUGGGGUAUUGUCUAAACCUGUCAUCUAAUUUACUGGUACUAUUUUCCAAGAAAAGUUCACAGUGUAUUUCCAACUCCAAUUGAUGUUAGGAUCAAGUUGAUUAAUUGCCAUAAGGAAGAGUAUUACACCAGGGCCAAGUUCUUUACGAAGUGGAACUCUUUCAGAUAUUUUCAUGUUGCUCAGCGACAGGUCAAGAUCAAUGGUGUAUGUAACAAAACUACAAUAAUUUGCAGCUUCAAGUAUUACACCACUUAUGUGUUCUCUCAAAAGUAUGAAGAGACAGUUCUCGUGUAUAUUGUCAGCUGUUGUCGCUGAAUUAAAAACAUUACCAUCAUG